AUGGCUUCCGAAUCUCGCAUCCCCUCUGUGCCCCCGCCAUGGACCCUCAAAGGCGACGUCUACGCCUUUCCCUUCUGGACCUCGGCAUCACAAGGCGAGAACAAGCUCCCCUCGCUGGCAUAUUCACCCCUCGAGGGUCAGUCCGCCUACGCCUCGCCAGAGUCUGGCAGACACGUUGGCGGCGUCAGCAUGGUGCAGUUCAUCCGGUAUACAGACUCACCCGUGGGUCCGUACGAUGAGAUGAUUCUCGCGCCGGGAGGGUUCGAGUAUGAGAGGGAGGAUAAGGAUGGGAGGAGGGUUAAGAAGAGGAAUCCGAGGAUUACUAGGAUUUAUGUUUCGCAGAAGCAUACUUGCUACAACGGGAGAAAGAACUGGAACGUUCCCAAACAUCUCGCCCACUUCGACUGGUCCGAGAACCCAGACGGCUCAACCAGCAUAAAAGUGUACCCUCACGACUCAGCCUCGGCCACCGAGUCGUCGACCCCAAGCGCGACGCCGUUCUUCCAAGCAACGUUCAAACCGCUCCGGUUCGCCCCGUCGUUCCCCUUCCAGACAAACUGGUCCAACUACAUCGGCAUCGAGUCGACCCUAGUCCUGCCUCCGCUCCCCGCCGGCGACGGUACCCAGGGCGAGCUCCCGGGCACCGACCGGUGGUGCUCCGUUGUGCCCCAGCAGUGGAGCCCACGGUGCAGUCUCGGCUGGUUUGAUCUUACCCAGCACCGGGACAGCGAGGGCCGCUUGACGGGUGAGUUUGACAACUUUUGGCCCGGCUGGGGAAAGUGGCACUUUGGCUUCAAGAUGAAGGACGCUGUCACCAUCUUUGAUCACCCCGAGACGUGGGAUGCCCCCAGGUCCACUCAGUAA